AUGGACGCAGUCAACGUGCUGGUGGUAGGCUGUGGAGGACUGGGGAAUGAAGUCGUGAAGAAUCUGAUACAUCAGGAUGUAAAAAACAUAAGCAUCGUGGAUGACGACACAGUUGAAGUGAGCAAUUUGAGCAGACAAUUUUUUUUCACACGUGACGACCUUGGAAGGAGCAAAGCAGUGGUGAUUCAGGAGAAGGUAAAGGAAAGGUACCCCCACAUCAGUAUCACUUCCUUUGUACGAAAGGUGGAAUCUUUCAACACCAACUUUUUUGAGAAAUUCGAUUUCGUAAUGGGCUGCCUAGACAACAUAGGCAGUAGGAUAUACCUGAAUGAUUUGAUUUUCACUUUACGUAAGGACGUCAUUUAUAUCGAUGGAGGGGUGGAGGGUCUUCGGGGAAGUGUGAAGAUAAUAGACCGGGGAAGCCACUUCGCCUGCGUGCAGUGCACCGUGGGGAAUUACGCCACGGGGGGAAACGGCGAUGGGGACCAGCUGGACGGUCGCGGGGGCGCGGAUGAAACAGUGCCAGUGUGCUCCAUCGCGGGAAGACCAACGAACUUCACCCAAUGCGUCCUGCACGCCAUGCACAUAUCAUUUGAGCAAAUCAGGAAAGAAAAGCUCAACGUGAAUGAUAGAAGCCAUGUGAUGUGGAUUCACGAGGAAGCCAAAAGGAGAGCUACUCAAUUUCAGAUCGACCACGAGGAGUCUCACGUAACGAGACAGAUCGUUCAGAACACAAUCCCGACGACAAUCAGUACGUUAAUGGUGAUAUCUUCACUAAUGAUAUCUGAAAUGCAUACUAUCGCUUCGCAGAUGCGUAAAGGAAAACGACACGAUCUGUCCAGUCGUACACACGAUUACAGCGACAUACUCUAUGUUGGAGAAAAGGGGUUCUACCUUCUCCAUUACAAGAUAUAUAAGAACGAAGAUUGCAUCAUAUGCAGAAGAAAACGGAUUCAUGUUGUUUUUAAGCGAAGCGACACAUUCAGUCAGUUUGUUGCAUACAUUAGGAGGGAGUACCGCCUCCAACGAAUCAGCAUUUCGACGGAGUCUGCCAUUUUGUUCACUUCGUCCAGGUGGCUUGUGGGGAGGGGCUACGAACAGAGACUCAACGCCACCUUCGCGCAGCUCGUGGAGAGAGGCGAGGUGAAGGAGCGCGACUACCUGAAUGUACAAACGGAUGGGGACGCCAGCUUCGUUUUCCUCCUCGACUUGGAGUGA